CGACACCAUUGGCCCGGGCCCCGGGACGCCGCUGCGGCGUCUGCAGGGUGUAAGGGAGCAGGACUCCGUCCGUGGGACUAGAGCCGAGAGGAAAAGGACCGAGCCACCUGCACCUGCCGGGAGCGUGUUUGUCCGUGGGAAGAAUGACGCACACGCACAGGGCUUCGGGCAGAGCGGGCCCGGAACACGAUGAGGAGUUUGUAGAUAUACUGGAGGAGAGGAGGCGCAGCAGUGACCUGGGCCACGCCCUCAGGACCUUUAACCCCCACCCCUACCGAGGAGCCCCGCCCUGCUCCACGGCUGACCUCAACAAAGCCGUGCUGGAGUCCCAGUAUCUACGCUAUGUGGCCAAAGAGAUCGCCAUGGAGACGGGGUCGUCGGAGGAGGACGUGAGAGAGGAGGCUCGCGGGAUCCUGGAGGAGAUGUCUCAGAACCUGCAGCUGCGUUUCAUCCGGCUGAUGGGCUACACACUCACCAAGGUGUUCAAGAGGCUCUUCACCGGCAUCUUCGUCAACAUGGAGGGCCUCGGCACGCUCCAACAAGCCAUUCAGGAAGCUCCUGUGAUCCUGAUGCCCAAUCACAGGAGUUACGUGGACUUCUUGGUUAUCUCCUACAUCCUGUUCACCUACGACAUCCCUGUACCCGUUAUAGCUGCAGGAAUUCCUCUUGCAGGGAUGAAGAUGGUCGGAGAGAUACUGCGCCGCUCCGGAGCUUUCUUCAUCCGACGUGCCAUCGGCUCUGACAAACUCUACUGGGCGGUGCUGUCAGAAUACGUCAAGACCAUCGUCAGGAAAGGGUACGCUCCUAUGGAGUUUUACGUGGAAGGGUUGAGGAGUCGCACGCUGAAGUCGGUGACGCCGAAGUUAGGUAUGAUGCACAUGGUGCUGGAGCCCUACUUCAAGAGUGAGGUGUUUGACAUCACGCUGGUGCCCGUCAGCAUCAGCUACGACAGAGUGCUGGAGGAGUCGCUGCUCGCCCACGAGCUGCUUGGCGUCCCCAAGCCCAAAGAGAGCACCGCAGGCCUGCUGAAGGCGGGCAAAGUGCUCCAGGAAGAUUACGGCACCAUGCAUGUGAACUUUGGCCGUCCCCUGUCGGUCAGGCAGCUGUGUCAGGGCAAGAUAAACCGCUGCCAGUACAACUCCGCACCCAGAGAUCUUCCUCAAAAGCCCACCGAAGAGGCCCAGGCCUGCGUGAGUUGGCUGGCUCAUCUCAUGGUGCGAAUCCAGGAUGAGGGCUCUGUGAUCAGCCCGUGGUCUCUGAUGGCCUGCCUGUUGCUCCAGGCUCCGAUGGCGGUCCUAACAGAGGAGGGGCUGCCGUGGGAGCGGCUCGCGGAGAGAACCCUCUGGCUCAGGAGGCUGGCGCUGGACUGCGGCGCUGGACUGAACUGGCCCGGACAAACCCCUGACUCGGACGUGAUGUCGUCCGCCGUGGCCCUUCAUCGCUCCGUCGUUUACCGGAGAGCGGGGCGUGUCUACCUGCUUCAGCAGGAAGAGCCGGCGAGGAAGCGUCCAAUCAGCCCAGAGGAGGCUGUGAUGAGAAUAGCGACGGCGGUCCUGAUGCUGGCCUCCUACAGGAACCAGUCGCUGCACGUUUUUGCGCGUCCCGCCCUGCUCGCCACGGCCUUGCACAUCACAAAGAGCACGCAGAGAGACGAGCUCUUCGCCUGCUUCUGCUUCCUCCAGGACGUCUUCUCCUACGAGUUCAUCUUGGUCCCCGGCGAGUUGUCUCAGGACUUUGAGGAGGCAUGCGUCCUCCUGGAGAAAUGCGGAGCAGUCCACAUCAGUCAGCAGGAAGUGACACUUUCAGACAUGGGACUGGAGGCGCUAUCCUUCCUGCGAGCUCUAAUUCAACCCUUCAUUGAUUCCUAUCAGGUGAUGUUCAGGUACCUUUCUGAAGAGGGAGAUCCCGUGCUCACAGAGAAACAGUUGGUACCCGCUGUGAGAAACCGGGCGACAAAGCUCAUCCUCUCAGGCGAGCUUCGCACCUACGAAGCCCUCUCAUCGGACACACUGAAGAACGCCCUGUCGGCUCUGCAGCGACUGGAGGCCGUGACCAAGUUGAGGACGCCGGAGCAGAACGAAUACAAAGUGAACAGUGCAGCUGUUGGAAGAAUUGGAGACAUACUCUCUGGGACAAUCCCUCCCCAGAUGCUGCAGACUACACCUGACGCAAGACUUUAGCCUCUGUUGGAACGGAUCCAUCUUCAGUAUCAGCCCACGGUCCUGUUUACCGCUACUUGACCUCUUCCUCCUCUUCCAAGUCUUUAUUCUUCUUCCUCACUCUGUGCCUUUAUGCAGCCGUCGGUGGAACUGCUGCCCCUUCACUCUGCACUCUGAGCUCUCAGAUACCGAAUCCUAGAUGCCAGACUCAAAGGUGACAGUGUUGCUGAUUAUUUUUUUUUUUGCUGGAUAUAAUCAGAAGUGGUUUUUAAGCAUCUUUCUGGGCUUCUGGGUAUGACAGAAGCAGCUGUGAGUUCUGUGGAUUGCGAUACUCAACUAUAAGUACAUUUUUAAUAACUUGUGUAAAUAUAUAAAAAAAAUUCUGUCCUAGAUUAAUUAUUGAUUGGAAAAACUAUCUACAUUCAUGUAGCAAUAAAGUUCCAUUCCAUAACCAUUCAACUUGUUUGAGACGUUUAUUUUAACUUCUGUACAUCUCAAUAAAUGUAAAACAAAUGUAACAAAA